GUAACUCUAUAAAUUAUACAUUAUGAAGUCCCCAAUUUACGAAGCCAUAAUUAAAUUGUUCUUCUCUUCCACCACCACACCAUGAACACUACUAAUGCAGUUAAGAAAACUCAAGGGCGUAGGAAAAUUGCAAUCAAGCCAAUAGACAAUCAAAACAGUAGGCAUGUUACUUUCUCUAAACGCCGUUUAGGACUUUUCAAGAAAGCUAGUGAACUUUGCAUCUUAAGUGGUGCAGAAAUUGCUAUUUUAGUUCAGUCACUAAAAAGACAGCGUCUUUUCACCUUUGGUCAUCCCAGUGCUGACGCGGUCAUUGACCGUUACCUCACAGGAAAAUCAUCAUCAUCGUCCACUAACGAUCAAUUGAAUAUGCAACAGAAUAACCAGUACUAUUCUCAACUUUGUAGAGAACUGGAGACGGAGAAGAAGAAGAAGGAGAGUAUUGAAGAAUUGAAGUUGGUGAAUAAUGAUGGUAGUGAUAAUAAUGGUGAAUUUUGGUGGAAUGAACCAAUUGAUGAUAUGGGAAUUGAGGAACUUGAAGAAUUUAUGACUGCAUUGGGAGAAUUGAAGAAGAAAGUAACAAUGAGGGCUGAUGAAUUGAAUAUGAUAAAUGGUUCUUCUUCAUCGAAUUCAACAAUGCAAAUAGCUAGAUUUGGGGCUGAGGAUCAUUUUUUGAAUCAGCAGGCUAUUGACUAUUGUUCUUCCAUUGUUCCUUAUGAUUUUAAUCAGCCUGGAGAUGGCCAAUUCUGAAGCAAUUAUGAUUAGCCAAGUAUUAAUUAAAGAAGUAUAGCAUGUUUUAUGUUUCUUUUCUUUCUCUUGCCGUGGUUUUUCUGUAUACGUGCCAUUGAACUAUUAGCAAUGGAACAAACAUG